GAUAGUGGAUGUGGAUGGCCAGCUUUCAAUGAAGUUUUAGAUCAAGGUCGAAUAAAAUUAAUAAAAGAUACAAAUCUAGUUUAAUUAAAAAACAAGAAUGGGUGAGAAUGCUGAACACACAAGAGUUCCAUCACCCGAAGAUAUUACUCAAGCAGAAAAAUAUAAAGAGGAGGCGAACAAAUUCUUUAAACAUCAAAAUUAUGAUGCAGCAAUUUCAUUGUAUACUAAAGCUAUAGAAUUAAAUCCAACAAUAGCUAUUUAUUAUGGAAAUAGGAGUUUUGCAUAUUUAAAGACAGAAUGUUUUGGUUAUGCACUCAUAGAUGCUACUAAAUCAUUAGAGUUGGAUAGAAAUUAUGUAAAAGGAUACUAUCGACGAGCAGCAGCUAAUAUGCCUUUAGGAAAAUUUAAACUUGCCCUUAAAGAUUAUGAAACAGUCAUGAAAGCUAGACCAAAAGAUAAAGAUGCAAAACUAAAAUUUACAGAAUGUAAUAAAAUUGUAAAAAUAUUAGCUUUUGAAAAAGCUAUUGCUGUUGAAGAAAAUAAAAAAACUAUUGCUGAUUCAGUUAAAUUAGAAGCUAUGACCAUUGCUGAUGAAUAUACAGGACCAAAAUUAGAAGAUGAUAAAGUUACAUUAAAAUUUAUGCAAGACCUGAUACAAUGGUACAAAAAUGAAAAUAAACUUCAUCAAAAAUAUGCUUUUAAAAUUUUACUUGACAUAAAAGUCCUUUUUAUGUCUCAGCCAAGUUUAAUUGAUAUUACAGUACCAGAUAAUGAGAAAUUUACAAUUUGUGGUGAUAUACAUGGCCAAUUUUAUGAUUUACUUAAUAUUUUUGAGUUAAAUGGUUUACCUUCAAAUACAAAUCCUUAUUUAUUUAAUGGAGAUUUUGUUGAUAGAGGAUCUUUUUCUGUAGAAUGUAUAUUCACACUAUUUGGAUUUAAAUUAUUAUAUCCAAAAUAUUUUUUUAUGUCUCGAGGUAACCAUGAAUCAGCUACUAUGAAUCAUAUGUAUGGAUUUGAGGGUGAAGUAAAAGCAAAAUAUUCUGCUAAAAUGGCUGACUUAUUUACAGAAGUUUACAACUGGUUGCCACUAGCUCAUUGCAUCAAUGAAAAAAUUCUUGUAAUGCAUGGAGGAUUGUUUUCUCGAGACGAUGUAACAUUAAAAGAAAUACGAGAAAUAGAUAGAAACCGACAACCACCAGAUGAAGGACUUAUGUGUGAAUUAUUAUGGUCAGAUCCGCAACCACAGAAAGGUAGAGCACCUAGUAAGCGAGGAGUAGGAAUCCAAUUUGGACCUGAUGUUACAAAAAAUUUCCUUAAACUUAAUAAUCUUGAUUAUAUCGUAAGAAGUCACGAGGUAAAAAAAGAUGGAUAUGAACUUGUGCAUAAUGGAAAAUGUGUAACUGUUUUCUCAGCACCAAAUUAUUGUGAUACAAUAGGUAACUUAGGUGCCUUUAUUACACUUACUGGUAAUAACAUGCGACCUACUUUUACCAUGUAUGAAGCUGUGCCACAUCCAAACGUAAGGCCAAUGGCUUAUGCAAAUUCUCUAUUAAAAUACAUGUAUCAGUGA